GACAUUGACAGCUCUGCCAAGUGCCAGGUGGCAGGUGGUGGUGCUUAUAUAUAAGAAUUUUAUUUGUAUCAUAUAUCUAUAUUUUUAUACCAGGAACACUAGAAAGUUCAAAUUUUUCAGUAAUUAAUUAAUCAUUUAAAACAUGUACAAUAAUGGAGUGCAGAAAUGAUCAAUAAAAGAAUUUAUAUAAUAUAUAUACGGUUAGAAGAAAAUGUCUAGUUUUUCACUAUUGUUGCUUCAUCCAGCUGUGCCUUAUUUGCUGUAAUUUUGUGUCCGAGUAAAUAAUGAACUCUAAUCAGACUGAAGAAAGAAGAAGUGAAUCAAUAAGGGAAUUAAAUUGUGAUCUUAACAAUAAAAUUGAAGACAAUAAUCCUGGUGAAGAUGGAAUGGAUGAUGUUAAAAAAGUCCAGGAAGAAACGCCUAAAACACACUUAUCAAAAUCAAAAAAUGAAGAUGGUGGAGUUAACAGUACAUCCAAAUCAUCUCCGAUAAAAUCUCGCAAGGAAGAGAGAAAAUCAGAGACUGUAGAAGAUUUAAAAAUGCAGCUUAAUACGUUAAUGAAUUCUUUAGCGACUCUUUCUGCUGAAAAGUCUAAAAUGGAAGCCCAGUUCCAGAUUGAUAGAAAGCAACUGAGAAACGAUAGAGAAGAGCAAGAAAGAGUGAUCAAGGAUUUAAGAGAAAAACUAAAACAGGCACAAAAUAGUUCACAUUCCGAGGUGGAGCAUUUGAAAUACAAAUUAAUAAUGGAACGUCACGAGAGAGAAAAGGAAGAAACUGACCAUACUGCUAUGAUGAAAGAACUGCAAAAGGUGGUGAAUAAUGAACGUCGAAUUAGAGAACAGUUGGAAUCGCAAGUCAAAGAAUUAAAGAGUCACGUCUCCAGCAAGUCUCAGAGUAAAAUUUUAGAAGCUGAAUUAGAAAUAAUGAGAAAUAAGUUGAAACAGGCAGAAGCAGCUGCUAAAGAAACGCCACCGAUGCUUCUUUCCCUGCAGGCUGAAAUGGCAGCGAUGAAAAAGCAACAUCGCAACGCGAUACUUGAGGAACAAAAGAAAGCAGAAACUGCUGAGCAGCAGACAAGGGCACACGCAAUGGUUCACGAAAAAAGAGUAGCCAGUUUAGAAGCUCGAUUGGCCGAACUUUCGGAUACAGUAGGCGGAUACGAUAGACUGAGACAGCAGGAUCAACAAGCAAUUCAGAAAUUGAAGGAUCAAUUGUCCCAUCUUCAAGAUAUGGAUCAGAGAGAUCGCUCAAGCAGCGAAUUUUCCAAAGAUCCGAAAAAGAUAGUUGCAAAAAUUCGCGAUCUUUACCUGUUUUUAAUGAAUUUAGACAAGGAAAAUUCUUGCGCCAAUGUCAAAGAUCUCUUAAAUAGUUUGCAUCUCAGCGACGCUCAUCAGGAUUCUGGGUACAAACUGAGAUACGAAAAUCUUCUGCAAGAAUUCGAAGAUUUCAAGCGACAAAUGGCAUUCUCGGGUAAUAACGGAACGAAGAAUGAACUGUCGAGUCUACAACGUAGUUUUAAGAAUUCAAAUGAAAGUGCAAACGAGCGGGCUCAAUUGCAACGUACAAAGACUCAUAACAGAAACUUGGAAGAGCGGAUUCGAUUGUUGAAUGAGGAAAUUGCAACGAGGGAACAGGAUUUUAAAAUCAAGUCAGAAAGUCAAAAUAAGGUGCUACAGGAUGAAAGGAUAAGAUGCGAGAGACUCUUAAAUCAAAAAGAUAAUGAAUAUCGAGGAAAGAUUUCAGCUUUAGAGCAUCAACUCUUACGACAAAGAGAGCGAUCUUUGGCUGUGAUUGAAGAAAAAGAUCAAGAGAUUUUAACAUUAAAGUCCUCAUUUCAAGCUUUAUUGCCAAGAAAAAAUUCUUCCUUUUCCCAAGACAAUAAAAAUCACGUAUUGUCAACUUCCGAAUCAGCCAGCGAACCUUCGGCUGAUUUAGUGACUGGACUGUUAACUGCUGAUAAUAAUCCGCCGAUGUUGCAUUAUGCUCAGGAAUUGGCGAGGAGAGAAAUUGAAGUUUCGGGCUUACGAAAACAAAACGUAGAACUCGAAGCGAUGCUACGAGAAAAGCAGAGGGACCUUUUCCACGAAACAGAAAGACACAAAGAUCAGUUGAAAAAAUUGCAAUCACAAAUUAUAAGACUGGAAGCUUGCAAAUCGAGAGAAGGAGCAAAUCUCGAAUAUCUAAAGAAUGUAAUUGUUAAUUAUUUAAUUACGAGUGAUCCAUCUAGUAAACAACAUAUGCUGAAUGCUAUUUCCACAGUAUUACACUUCACUCCUGAAGAAUCGGAGAAAAUUAGUCACUUCACGUGACCUCGAAGAAAACCAAAAAUAUUUUUCUAAGAGAGGAAAGUCCAUUUAGAUAGCAAUGAUUGUUUCAAUUUUCAUUAGAAUUUUGUUACGUUAAUAUAGGACGUAAUAGACUUAUUGUAAAAUAAUAAAUAGAAUUUUGAACUCUUUAAAUAUGUUGAAUAAAUCGAAAUAUUUAAAA